AUGGGGCUGGGCACGCUACUCGUGUUCUCGCUGUUGAUGGUGGCGCUCCCCCUCUCGACCUUCUCCUCGGCCUAUCAAGGGCGCCUGGACGGGCUGCUGCAGCCUCUUCUGGGCGCAGAGCUGCUUGAGGAGCACCGCGUGGUGGUGGCGGGCACCCUGGCCGUGCUUGGAGUGCAGAUAGUGCUGGCCGCCUUUAUCAUCGCGGCGUGGCUAGAGCCGCCCCUGCCAGCACCCGCCACAAGCCGCAAGUCUCAAGCAGCAGCAGGGCCGCAAGGAGCAGAGGCCGCGGGAGGGUCGGCCCCAGCAGCGCCGCCCCUUGCAGACCCGUCAACAGUCCCAGCAGCAGCAGCAGCAGAAUCGGCGGCGGCGGUGGCAGCAGGCGCCGCGCCACCAGGGGAGCCGCCAGCCAGCCGGCUGCGGCAGGAGGUGGAGCUGCUGGUGGGGCUGGAUGUGGAGUACACGCACCUGGCGCUGCCGCCACGCUGGCGCCACAUCAGCCUGCCGGCAGAGGUGUGCGCCGUGGAUGCUGGCGGGCGCGUGCUGCUGUACGAGCGCUGCAACCCUCUGGAGAGCGAGCUGCCGGCGCAGCGCUGGCGCCACGUGGGCGGCUUGCCGCCCCCCCUGUGGCAGCACGCACCGCCGCUGGGCGAGGUGCGGGCCCGGCUGGCGGCGCUGCUGGCGGGGCGCAUCCUGGUGGGGCACCACCUCAGCAAAGACCUGGCGGCACUGGCGCUGGCCCACCCCGCCUCAGACGUGCGGGACACGCUGCGGGAGCUGCAGGGGCGGCGCGGCGCCGGGCGCAAGCUGCGCCAGCUGUCCGCCGAGAAGCUGGGGCGGGACAUCCAGCGCAGCGGCCGCAGGCACAGCCCGAGGCGAGCGGGCUUGAGCAGCGUGCCUUGGGAGGAUGCGCAGGCUGCCAUGGACCUGUACCUGCAGGAGGUACACUUUGAGAGGCGGUACAUGCGGUACGAUGACCUCGUGCAGCACCACCUGGCACAGAUCCUGCGCAGCGCCACCGCCAGCGCAGACAGCGGCGACGCGGACGGCGGCAGCUUGCACGGCGGCCAGCAGGAGUGCGGCUAG